UGCCAUGCAGGGCAGAAUUUAGUACUCAAUUUGGAUUAAGGUUAUUUUAUCUUAUUUUGUGUUUCUCUCGUGUUAAUAACCACUACAAUUAACUGCUACAUCAAGAUUUUGCUGAACUCCUAUUAGUUUUUAUAUACAACUUUUGUUGAGAAUGAGUGACAUUGAUCUGGUAGAAACUGGCAGUGGGUCAGAUGAUGAUAAAGAUGUGCCCACAUUGCCGGCUGAUACGUUGGCCAUUUUAGAAGACUUUUAUAGAGAACAAAAUAAGAAACAUCAAAACGAAGAGCAAGGUGAUAUAGGAGAAGACUGGCAACUCAGUCAAUUCUGGUAUGAUGAUCAUACAGCCACAACUUUAGCAGAAGAGGUCCUGAAAGCUAGUAACAAUGGAAGAAUCUGCUGUUUGUGCGCGCCGACUCUUUACAAAAAACUUCGUCAACUUAGGCCAGACAGCUGUGAAAUAUUCCUCUUCGAAUUUGACAAACGUUUCGCUGUUUUUGGACAAGACUUCGUGUAUUAUGACUAUAAUGAUCCUUUGGGCAUCCCUUUUCGUAUUUCCAAGAAUUCGUUCGAUUUUGUCUUCGCCGAUCCGCCAUUUUUAACCGAAGAAUGUUUUACUAAAGUUGCGAAAACGGUGGAAUAUUUAAUGAAAGAAAAACUUAUGUUUUGCACAGGUCGGUAGUGGAGCAAGCAUUAAUGAUUUGCUUUUUUUCUUGGGUUUUUCACUUGACAAAGGACAAAAUGUCUUGGGUACUUCAUCGAUGGUUCGUUUUAUUUGGAAUUUCAUUUCUGGUUCUGAAAGAUUGUCGCUGUUUUUUUAUCAGACAUACUACUUCUGGAAAGUGUAUCGCAGCUGGAAACCCAGUUUGGAACGAUAGUCAUGCAACUCGAUAUUGGGCUGAGCUGUUUAUUAAUUGCUUAAACGUUACUGCACAAUUCCGAUAUUUUUGGGAUACAGAAGUGGUGCAUAACAUUGCGAGGAAUGGGACGGUUAUGUUUCUCAGCGGUGGGAAUUACCAACAUCGCAUGCUCGUUUAUGACUCCGCAGAGAUUACAGGUUUUGAAAGCGAUCCCAGACAUCGUAUGAAACAAAAAUCGGCUGGUUCACUUUAUUUUUACGAUAACAACGUAAACUCGUGCGCUCAGCCUGAUGCCAAUGACAGAUACAUUAUGCAGAAGAAGAAUGGUUGCAACGAUACAGAAGAACAACAAAAGUUCACUUUCGGUUCAGUGACACAGUUCGGCGACAAAAUGAAAGAUGUUCAUUGUUCUCCAAUACAACGUAUGGUGAUCCACAAAGCUCAUUAUGGUGAUUUUAACAAUGGCGGAACAUUCAAUUUCAGUGCAACUAUUGAUAAGAAUUGUAGUCGACUGGCAAGUUGUCGAGUGAAAUCUCUUUGUGGUGGAAACAGAUCUUGUGAACUGACUAUUGACAAUAAUUUACUGUCAUCACAAUAUUGUCCUGAUACAACAAAAGAACUUUACAUCGAGUACACUUGUGUGGAUAACUAUAUCAACCCCAUAACAACAGUUCCCAAUAUAAGAUUAUCAAAGUCACCUAACGAAGGGUUCAUUGAAAUAAAGAAUGGUUCAAUAUGGAGAAAAGUUAAAGAUGAAAUAUGGGACAAAACUCGUGAAAAAUCGCUUUGUCAGCGCUUGGGAUUUAAUGGGGCAGUGGGGAACGUUGUUAAAACUAAAGGAAUCGAAAAAGAUCAGGAAAUUGCUAGUGGUGACCUUUGUUAUGAUGCAUCACUGAACAAUGCAUGCUGUGUCCAUCUUUAUCCUUCUACGACAACGUCGACCGUUGAUGCGCCAUAUGUGACAUGUAAGAUAUGUAAGAAUGCGUUAUUACAAAACCAAACUAAAUUUCCAGACACAGUAUUUUCUGGAGGUGGUUCCACUAACAAGACCAUGUACAAAGAAGCGAGGUUUUCUAGCGAUGGUUGGUGUCCAACAGAGUCUGGAGACAAAUAUCUUCAGAUCGACCUUCAAAACGAAUAUCACAUAACGCAAGUUCUGGUUAUGGGUGAUAAAAAUCAGACAAAAUGGAGUAGGUCAUAUUCUCUGAAAUAUAGUUAUAAUGAGAGUUUGGUGGAGGAUAACAGUUCAGUAUGGAUAAAAGGAAACCUGAACGGCUACCAACUAUUAACUACAGCCGUUGAUAUGUACAAUGUAAGAUAUGUUAAGAUUCAAUCAACUGAAAACACAGCCUUUUGUUUUAGGAUUGAAAUAUGUGGAGAAGGUCAGAUGCCAGCUCCGGUACGAAAGAUUGUCGCUAAGCCAUCGUUUCAUUCGGUGCAUCUUUCCUGGACCACACCAGCGCCCAACGUUUCUUCUCAUAUUACGCAUUUCAUCAUUUAUUUAAACGGCACACAAGUGGAUAGAAUAUCUCGCUCGCGUCAUGCAAAUAAGUACACUCUUCGAGGUCUGAAACCUAAUACUUAUUAUCAAGUUGCCAUAAAAACACUGGAUGGAUACUCGAGAGAGUCCAAAACAGUUCACAGAAGCGUUAAAACUAAAAGAGCCGGUUUUUUUCUCAGGCAUACUCAAUCAGGAAAAUGUAUUGCAGCCGAAACACGUACACUUUGCGAUGAUGGAAACGGGACCUGGUAUUGGGUCGAAAUGGUCACCAACUGCUUGAGUGAUACUGCGCUGUUCCGUUAUAACGAUAACAAACUGUUGCAUAAUAUUGAGACGGAAGGGAACGUCGUGUCUGAUUAUGGUCAUAACAGUGAUCGUUUGUUUAUAUAUCACGGCAAAAAUCAGGUUUGGAGAGAUUGGGCGAACAGAACUAGAUAUUGUAUAAAGCAAACAACUGGAAGAUCUUUAUUACUGUACGAAGUGAAUGACUGUGUCCAGCCUGGCGUGCACUAUGUUGACGUGAAAAAUACCUCAUGCGACGACACAUUAGAACAAAAGUUUACAUUUGGUUCAGUGACACAGUACGGCGACAAAAUGAAAGAUGUUCAUUGUUCUCCAAUACAACGUAUGGUGAUCCACAAAGCUCAUUAUGGUGAUUUUAACAAUGGCGGAACAUUCAAUUUCAGUGCAACUAUUGAUAAGAAUUGUAGUCGACUGGCAAGUUGUCUGGUGAAAUCUCUUUGUGGUGGAAACAGAUCUUGUGAACUGACCAUUGACAAUAAUUUACUGUCAUCACAAUAUUGUCCAGAUACUACAAAAGAACUUUACAUCGAGUACACUUGUGUGGAUAACUAUACCAACCCUAUUAAAGCAGCUCCUAAUAUAAGAUUAUCAAAGUCACCGAGCGAAGGUUUCGUUGAAAUAAAAGAUGGCUCAAUAUGGAGAAAAGUUAAAGAAGAAAUAUGGGACAAAUCCCGUGAAACUUCGCUGUGUCUGCAUUUGGGAUUUAAUGGGGCAGUAGGGAACGUUGCUAACAACAAAGGAAUUGAGAAAGAUCAGGAAAUUGCUAGCGGUGAUCUUUGUUAUGAUACUUCUGAGAACGAUAGAUGCUGUGUCCAUCUUUAUCCUUCUACGACAAAGUCAACCAUUGAUGCUCCCUAUGUAACAUGUAAGUUAUGGGCGGAUGGAUUGUUACAAAACAAAACUAAAUUUCCAGACACGAUAUUUUCUGGAAGUGGUUCAACUGAUAAGACCAUGUACAAAGAAGCGAGGUUUUCUAGCGAUGGUUGGUGUCCAACAGAGUCUGGAGACAAAUAUCUUCAGAUCGACCUUCAAAACGAAUAUCACAUAACACGAGUUGUGGUUAUAGGUGAUAAAAAUCAAACAAAGUGGAGCGGGUCAUACUCACUUAAAUACAGUCAUAAUGAAAGUAUGUUGGAUGGUAGUACUAAAAUACAGAUAAAAGGAAACCUUAAAAGCUAUCAACCAUCGACUACGGAAGUUGAUAUUUACAACGUGGGAUAUGUUAGGGUAGAAUCCGUUGGAAAGACUGACUUUUGUCUGAGAUUAGAGCUCUGUGGAGAAGUUCAAUCCUUGGCACCUGUGCAAAAUGUUGUUGCAAAACCAUCUAAUUUCUCUGUUUAUCUGUCGUGGACAAUACCACCACCUGCGGCAUCCACUUACAUCACACAUUUUAUCAUUUAUCUGAACGGCACAGAGCUCAAUAGAAUAUCGCGUGCAGAUUACGGAAAUCAAUACGUUCUUCGAGGCCUCAAACCCUACACAAAUUAUGUUGUUGGCAUAAAGACACAGGAUGGUUAUUCAAUGACUACUCAGCCAAUAAUUUAUCAAAAUUUCAAGACCAAGGAAGCUGUUCCAAGUGGACCUCCACGCAGUGUUGUGAUUGAAUCUCGCAGCAUCAAUUCGCUCGAAAUUUCUUGGAAAGCUCCUGAUAAAGUUGUUUGUAACGGUGAGCUGACGGGAUAUCAGAUUUGCUAUUCCACCAACGAGAAUGAUAAAAGUCCGACCUGCUCAAAUGUGGAAUUUUUUUCUGACUUAUCAUACGCUAUUUUGAAUCUUCUGCCCUCAACGAAGUAUUUCGUGGCAGUUUCAGCUUGCACAAAAGUUGGUUUUGGAAUCAAGAGCUUAGAAAUCAGUGAAAUAACAAAUGGAGAGUCUAUUAACCCAGUUGUAAUAUCUCACUCGAGUCUCAGAUUAACGAUACCUAAGACAGCGGGGUAUAUAAGAGAGGUAAUGAUUAUUGUGCAAAGAACCACAAAUCGUCCAGCACCAAGAGAAGACGACGAUACCAACAAACUCAAACUUUGCCAGGAAAACAAUCAAGAUCGCUACGUUGCUGCGUAUUUGAGAGCAGAACUUCUACCUUUAUCGUUCGUGAUUGGCGAUGACAAGGAAUAUAACUCUGAAAACGUGACAUACGUUAACCACUACCUUCAGGGUAACACAAGUUACAGGGUGUUCGUGAGAUUUUUUGAAAGUGAGAAAUCUUACUACUCUACAGAAUGGAGCAACAGUGUAAGGACAAUGGUUACACCAGCCGUUUUUUUGAACCAUACUGUUUUUGCCCAAUCCAGCAAGAAAGAGGCUCCUAUGGCUAUGGAUCUUCUUAUACCGGUUGUUAUUUUGGCUGUAUGUUUCGUGCUUUCACUGGGUGUAAACUUCUACCAACAUCGUCUUCUUCGAAAAAAAAAUAGAGUGAGCAAUAGGUAUCAAACCUCAAGACAUACGAAUAUAAACGAUGUUAUUGACGAAAUUGAGCACAACGAGGCAGCUGCACUGGAGACAGGCGAAGGACCGGAAUCAUCAUUGACUUACACGUCUUUGAAAAAGACAGAGAACCUGGAAACGUUUAUCAGGCACUGCAACCUCCUUGCACCAUUGAUGAUCGAAGGCGUUUUCAUUCAGUGGAAUUUCAAAAUCCUGUCUUCAAUUCAGAUUUUAGUUGAGAUUGAUUCAUUUUAUAUGGAAUUUCUUGAGAUAUCGUAGCCAUUUUUAUUGAUAUAGUCGUUCAUGUACAUAUAUAGUACGUGGAAAUUUCCACAACCAAGUUUUUUUUUGACACAAGGCCUUCACUCCAGAGCCGAAGGCUCGAUAGUUCUUUGUCCUUUAUUUUUUGUAAUUCCGAUCCCUGAA